AUGCAAACGGUCCAGAUUAAAAGGAUCUGCAAAAAGCACCAGAUCCGCUUUAAGCCAGAAUGUGAUCAGGCCUUGUGUCUGAAGCUAUCAGGAAAACUUUUUGCAUGUAGCUGGCUUGCUACUAACACCAAGACAGGAGGAACAGAAAAAGACCACUUGGUAUGGGAAGGCCUUAAUGUAGUUAAGACUGGAAGAGUAAUGCUAGGAGAAACUAAUCCUGCCGAUUCCAAGCUUGGCACAAUUCGUGGAGACUUCUGUGUGCAGGUUGGCAGAAAUAUAAUUCAUGGCAGCAAUUCUGUAGUAAAUGCCGAGACUGAAAUCAAUCUAUGGUUCAUGCCUGAAGAACUUAUUGACUACACAAGCUGUAAACACCCAUGGAUCUAUGACUAA